AUGGCUCCAGCUGCGUUUGAUGCCAACACACAACUCAACUAUGCUCGUCACAUCAAGUACUGGCGGCGCAACUUGAAGACGCUGCUGCCGCACUUCUACACCAGCAAUGACUCCAACCGCAUGCUUUUGGCCCUUUUCACUGUGUCUGCCCUCGACAUUUUGGGAGAUUUAGACGCCGCUUUGUCAGCUGAGGAGCGGCAAGGCCACAUUGAUUGGGUCUACAGUUGCCAGCUGCCUGAAGGAGGAUUCCGCCCAUGGCCAGGCUCCAACUACGGCCCUCUCAGAAAUGAAGAGAACAAAAACUGGGAUCCUGCCCACAUCCCUGGAACUUUCUUUGCCCUCCUCACGCUGGUCGUGCUGGGCGACGAUCUGGAGAAAGUGAAGAGAAAGGAGAUCCUGACAUGGCUGGUCAAGAUGCAACGACCAGAAGGCAGCUUUGGAGAGACUCUAGGCGAUGGCGACUUUGUUCAUGGCGGAAACGACUCUAGGUUCGGCUACAUGGCAACAGCCAUCCGGUGGAUACUUCGAGGCGACUUAGAGGGUCCUUGCGAAGGUGUACCGGACAUCGAUGUUGACAAGUUUGUCAACUGUGUUCGACAAGCAGAGUGCUACGACGGAGGUAUAUCAGAAGCACCCUUCCAUGAGGCACACGCUGGCUUCACCUGCUGCGCCAUCGCUGCUUUGCAUUUCGUGGGUCGUCUGCCUUUACCACCAUCCCAAAAACCGGACGGUCUCAUCCGUGGAGUGACCGACGUCCCUAAAACCCUGCACUGGCUCGUCUCACGGCAGACUUUGACGCUAGACGAGGACGAUGGUUUAGAUACUUUGAACGACGAGACAGAUACAUCAGAAACGUGUCAUGACGCGCAUACUUUUGUCAAGUUGAGCUCCCGCCCGUCUGCACAAGCAAAAUCAAAUCUGAAAGGACGACCCCACAUUCAUUUUGAAUUGGAGUGGGUGGGAGUGAAUGGUAGAUGCAACAAGGUAGCAGAUACAUGCUACGCCUACUGGACCUCGACGCCCCUACAACUUCUUGGUCAUUUGGAUAUCAUCGAUCGGCAACCCAUCAGAAAAUGGUUGUUGGACAAAACGCAGCAUCUCGUUGGGGGUUUUGGCAAGGUCACAGGAGAUCCACCGGACAUGUAUCACUCUUUCCUGGGCCUCAUGGUCUUGGCUAUGUUUGGAGAGACUGGUCUUCAGGACGUUGACUCAGCGCUAUGUAUAACACACAAGGCAAAGAGACACCUGGAGUCGCUGUCGUGGAGGAGGAAGAUCCUCGGCAUGGACAGCCCGCACAAUGGCACCCAAGCUCCGUCACAAGAGAGCAUAGGCCUAACCGGCGAUAAGACGCAGAUAGAUGCAUAG